UGGAGCAGCUCACGGCCCCGGCUGUGCAGCAGGUACGGCCACCGGCCACACGUCUCUGCUCAGAGGAGACAGAUCUCAGGGGAGCAGGCGCUGAUGCCAGGAUGAUGGGCUCCAGUACCAAGGAUGCAGGUUCCAACGCCAGGGUGAUGGGCUCCAGCGAUGGCUCCGGUACCAAGGCUGCAGGCACUGAUGCCGGGGUGAUGGGCUCCAGUGAUGGCUCUGGUACCAAGGCUUCAGGCUCCGAUGCCAGGGUGAUGGGCUCCAGUGAUGGCCCUGGUACCAAGGCUGCAGGCUCCGAUGCCAGGGUGAUGGGCUCCAGUGAUGGCUCCGGUACCAAGGCUGCAGGCUCUGAUGCCCGGGUGAUGGGCUCCAGCGUGAGCACCAAGGCCAGGCAGGCUGGCUGCGACACUGGCACUGAUGCGGAGGCCAUGAGGUCAGACACCAGGAGCCUCCUUUUGCCCGCCGCGAUCUUGGCGCUGUGCCCAGAAGCCGCGUUCCAGGGCCCCGAGGCUGAGCCCUACAUGCUUUUCCUGAGGAAUCACCCCUGCUACGCCGCUGUCCCCACCAGCUCCAAGCUGCUGGUGUUCGACACCACGCUGCAGAUGAAGAAGGCCUUCCUGGCGCUGGUGGCCAAUGGGGUGCGGGCUGCCCCCCUCUGGGACAGCAAGCAGCAGUGCUUUGUGGGGAUGCUGACCAUCACGGACUUCAUCAACAUCCUGCACCGCUACUACCGGUCCCCGCUGGUGCAGAUCUACGAGCUGGAGGAGCAUAAGAUCGAGACCUGGCGAGAGGUUUAUCUACAAGGCUCCCUGAAGCCGCUGGUCUCCAUCUCCCCCGAUGACAGCCUCUUCGAUGCCGUCUACCAGCUGAUCAAGAACCGGAUCCACCGGCUGCCGGUGAUCGAGCCCGUAUCCGGGAACGUCCUGCACAUCCUGACACAUAAGCGCAUCCUCAAGUUCCUCCACCUCUUCGGGGCCAUGCUGCCCAGGCCGCGGUUCCUGCAGAGAACCAUCCAGGAGCUGGGCGUGGGCACCUUCCGGGACGUGGCCAAGGUGCUGGAGACGGCGCCCCUCUACAUGGCCCUGGAGACCUUCGUCGACCGCCGGGUGUCGGCGCUGCCCGUCACAAACGAAGCUGGGGAGGUCGUGGGCCUGUACUCCAGGUUCGACGUGAUCCACCUGGCUGCCCAGAAAACCUACAACAACCUGGACUUGAGUGUGGGGGAGGCACUGAGGCGGCGAACGCUCUGCCUGGAGGGGGUGCUCACCUGCCACCCCCACGAGACCAUGAGUGACGUCAUCGACCGCAUCGUACAGGAGCAGGUCCAUCGCCUGGUUCUGGUGGACGAGAAGAACUUGCUGCGAGGGAUCGUCUCCCUCUCCGACAUCCUGCAGGCCCUGGUCCUCUCGCCCGCAGGUAUCGAUGCUCUUAACUCUUAAGCCCGUGACGCUCCAUCCUUUCUCCAUCCGUACCCGCCAUUUCCUCCGCUUCGCUUCUCGCCGGCUCAGCACAGAACAGCUUCUCUAGCACCUCACUGGUUACUCAGAAGUUCGAACACCGCAGUUCCCUUCCAGUGCCCG